CAUAAAAUUUUGGUAGGUCCAAUAUGGACAUAAAUAUUUAAGUAUCAUACCCAAAAGCCAACUCUUUUGUAUAAUGGAGCAACCACCACCAUGCCAUGAACAUGAAAUAACACCAUCUCUUCACAGCUCCACCACUUUCACCACCACCUCCGCCGUGGAAAAAUGCACUAAACAAAGUAGCGGAACUCGGCAUCCAGUCUACCAUGGUGUUCGUAGAAGAAGGUGGGGGAAAUGGGUGUCCGAAAUUCGAGAACCGCGUAAAAAAACUCGAAUAUGGCUAGGUUCCUUCCCAGCUCCAGAAAUGGCAGCUAGGGCAUAUGAUGUAGCUGCAUAUUGUCUUAAAGGACACAAGGCUCAACUCAACUUUCCCAAUGAAAUUGAGCACUUGCCCCGACCCUUGACUAGCACGACCAAGGAUAUUCAAGCCGCCGCGACAUUAGCGGCCAAGAUGGUGGCGGAAAAAGUUGAAGUUUUGCAUGACGGCAGAGGAGAUGAUUUCUGGGCUGAGAUAGAGCUGCCAGAGCUGAUAGAACAUAAUGGGACAGAUACUUAUGGUGGCUAUUUAUCAGAGGUAUGGUGUUGGAAUUCUUCCUCAGAGGUUUUCCCCGGCUGCGCCACCUCCAUUAACUGCGAAGAAAUAUUGUAAUACUACCAUAUCUAUAAUUCAUAAUAUACAUAUAAAUAAAAUGCAUAGAUAUAUAGAAAAUGAUUUCUCAAGCACUAGACAUUGAUGACAUGAUUCACCAAGUAAUUGAUGUGUUAUGUCAUUGGUACUUAGAAUAUCAUUUCUAAAUAUACAUAUACAUAUAUAGUUAUGUUAAAAAGUAAUAAAUUUUUUGCAGCUGAGUGCAUAAUGUUUCGAGUAAUUGAAUGCUAGUAAACUCCCUUUUUAUUUUUAUACACAUGUGUCGUAUUUACCGAAUACAAAUAAAUAUAUCAUUCA